AUGGUUUCAACCCGCCAACCUGUUGCCUUGAGGGUUUUUGUUAUAUUUCCAAGCAUCACUGCCUUAUUCUUGACAUUAAGGUUGAUGUCACGAGCCAUUGCAAAAACAUUUGGCUUAGACGAUGCACUCAUUCUGGUGUCAUAUGCGCUGGCACUUGCAGACAGCAUUACUUAUUAUAAAUUUGUUCAAGCUUUAUAUCUCGGCUUUCAUCCCUACGAUAUCCCGUUCAUGACCACUCAACAUCUGGAUUACGCCCAAGCGCUUACUAUCACAAGUCAAAUAUCAUACUACUCCUGCCUCUGUUUCACAAGAGCUUCGAUAGCUGUUUUUAUACUCCGUCUAGAUCAGCUUCCAAAAUUCGUCCGAAUACAGCUCUGGCUACUUUUCGGGAUUAACCUCUGCCUCUUUCUAUCUGCUUUUUUUGCCGAUCUCUUUCAAUGUGGUGGGAUGAUUGCGUAUACUUACGGAUAUCCAAUCGGCGUUGAUCUUGAUAAGGCAGAGAUUACUGAGAGAAGCGUCAGAUGCAUCAAUCGCGCUGCGUUCUUCAUUACUGUCUCAAUCACGAGUUUACUUCUAGACCUUUGGCUAUUGAGUGUGCCUAUUGCAAUCGUAAAAGGGAUGAACAUGCCGAAAAAACAGAAGCUUAUGGUGGUAGCGAUUUUAGGAAUGGGUUUAAUAUCGACUAUUAUCGGUAUUGCUCGACUAGUAAUACUCUCGGGGUUUUGGCUGGCCACCACUACCAACACUUUCUAUUCGACCACAUACGGUUUUGGGGUUAUUGAAUUGAAUAUCGGAAUAUGGGCGGCCUGCACUCCUGCUUUGAAAGCCCUUAUGUUCAGGAUUUUCCCAAAGUUUUGGACUAUGACCUCUAAGUCACACGAUUCGGCCGGCGAAGCUCUGCCAGACGAAGGACGAUUUCUAGAAAUGGGCGCUAUUUCAGAACAUCCACCGUCAGUCCUACGCCCACAACCGGAAGCGGAACCGCGAGGUAAGACUAGGGAGAGGCUCCAUCGGCGUCCUUCCCAAAUCGAAGCUGAGCUGAGGCGGUUCGAGUACGAUAUGACUGCGAGUAAGUUGCGAACUUCGACGUCAGAUAUCCAAUCUAGACCCGACUCCCGGACAGGUAGUUAUAGACGUAGCGUCUCGUUAUCGAGAAGCUUCUCGUCCAUGAGUGCGCCGCCAACUGUCACGAGUGAGCAAGGACCAUCUCGUCCGACAAUCUCAUCCCCUGCUGCUGAUUAA